ACAUAGUUCUGUGGACUAAAGAGUUCAUUUUUCUAAGAGCUAAAAUAUUGACGUCUGCUUGGAUAUUCAAGAUGUGGAGUUACGCACUGAUCUCCCUUGUUGUCGUGGUGAAUGCCGCGCUGGUGAAAGAGAACAUCCACGGAGGAGAGUGCGUUUGCACCAACACAGCAGGCGUGAACGCUAGGGAUGCUGCUGGGACCAGCAGCCAUGUUACAGAGGUUCUUGCUUCCGGUACAUGCGCCAAAAUUAAUGGUGGGAUUCUAACAGCUGACGGUUACACUUGGUACCAACUGCAGUAUGCUGGGAAGCUGAUUUGGGUUGCUGGUAACUACUUAGAUGUCCACGAUCAACAAAGCUGUUCUGGCCAGUGUCCAGCAGCUUCAAGAGCAAUGGCCUGCGCUUUGUUGGAGAAAGCCAAUGCUGGAGUUUUAAGCUUGGCCCAUGUUCACCCAUCAGGUGUCCAGGACAACGCCUUCGCCUACAACAACAUCAGAGAUAUGUGUAAUGGGCUCAAGGCUUCCAGAUCACACUAUUCCUGCUCUACAUGCCCCACUGGAACCCCCGGAGGUACCGUCUGUCUGACUCACGAUCUCCUCGCCUAUCUUACAGCGCUGGUUAGCAAGGGCCACGUCAUUGUGAACGAGCUAGCUGGUGCCUGUCACACCUGUGGCUCCAGACAUUACAACGGUCAGGCUGUAGAUCUUCACAACGAUGCCAGGUCCACUGAAUACCUGCAAACUUGCACAGCCAUGCACGGUUGGGGUCAGAACGAGGGUGACCACAUCCACUGCCAGUUCUACGACUAGAUGUGAUCUCGAUGACAAACUUCAACGAGACUUCGUCUUGGUGUCUGGCACGUUAUAGACAUAAUAAGUGACAGUAUUAUGUAUUAAAACAUUAAAAAAUUACAAAGGAUCUACUUCGCAA